GAUUAUAGAAUAACCAAAGCCGUCUUCGUCUUUAGCUUUAGGGUUUAUCUCUGUAUCUGUCUUCUGUUGAAGCUCCGUAUCAAUGGAUUCACCGAAUUCAAUCAGCUCUCAAUAAAUGCUAUUAUAUCUUCAGUUCCUUCCAUUGUACGGAAAUUAGUAUACAGAAGAAAGUAUAGGAAAUGAGGUAUUUUCGUCUCAUUUCUCCACAGUUAUCACGGAUCCAAAAAACCCUAUCUCAAAAGCCUUACCUCAGUCUUCCACUCUCAAUUCAAUCGAAGCUUGAAUCUCCGGUAGUCACGCGUGGCUUCACAUCUUCAGCACAGGAACAAAGACCUGAACCAUCCAAGAGUGUAGCCGCGAUAGUGGACGAACUUUCUGGUCUCACACUGCUCGAGGUCGCUGACCUCACGGAGGUCCUUCGAGAAAAGUUGGACAUCAAGGAGAUGCCGACUAUGGCGGUCAUGAUGCCGGGGAUGUCUUUUGCUCCUGGAGCAGCUGGAGCAAAGAGCGCUGCUAAGCCCGGUGGCGCGGAGGUAGCUGCAGAGAAGACGGCGUUUGAUGUGAAGCUUGAAGCGUUCGAUGCUGCAGCUAAGAUCAAGGUGAUUAAGGAGGUGAGAACGUUCACGGAUUUGGGAUUAAAGGAGGCCAAGGAUUUGGUGGAGAAGGUGCCCACUCUUUUGAAGAAGGGCGUUCCGAAAGAGGAGGCUGAAAAGAUUAUUGCGAAGAUGAAGGAGGUUGGCGCCAAGGUUUCUAUGGAGUGAGUGUGCUGGCUGCAGGGCUUCAGUGAUAGAAUGGUUAGUUAGAGGGUGAUGGAGACUGAUGUAUGUGGAACUGUUUACAACAAUGAAUGCAGCAGCUGGAUAAGUAACUCUAGAAAUUGUACCUUGCAGUUUUCCAAUGUUUGAUUCAACUAAUAGGUUGGACAUUCUCUCUUUUCAUUUAACCCCUAAUUAGACGGCUUUGCCGCCGAAUCCCAAGUUUUCGUUCCUCACUUGGCAUAAUUUUGAGAUUUUGGCUCAAUUUUAAAAUGUAAGCUUGAGUACUGAAGUUUGUUUUUGCUCUUUA